AUGACUAAAAAUGUUAUUUCAGUGAUUAGGUCAACAGCAACUGAUGUUGGAAGUAAGUUAAAUGAUUUACCUCCAGUAGCAAAUGCUACACCUGAUAUAUUAAAAGGAAUUGGAGAAGUGAGUGAAGCAUUUGCACCUUAUGUAAGUUUAAUAGGCUUAAUAGCUACUAUCACAGAUGAAACAUUAAAAAUUCUUGAAAAUGUAGAGUAUAAUAAAAAAACCUGUAAAAAUUUAAUUGACAGAAUACAAGCAGUAGAAUUUAGUGUUAAAAUAUUAAUAAGAAGGAGAGAAGAACACGAAGAAAAUUUUUGUAAUGCUGUAUACUAUAGAUCAUUUUAUCGAUUAGUUCAAAAUUUGGAAGAUAUUAAAAAUUUUGUACGCGAUGUGUCAAAACUUAAUGGAUUACGAAAAUUUACAGAUUCUAAAGCUAUCAAAAAAAAAUUUAAAGAGUUAAUCAAAGAAUAUGAUCAAGCUAUCAUUGAUUUACAUUUUACUAAAUGCGUUGCUGAUGAAGAACAACGCUAUGUUAUAGGAAGAGGUGUUGCUGACAAUAACAAAAAAAUCAAUAAGGUUCUAGAACAAAUUUCUUUAAUGAGACAAGAUUUAUUAAAUAAACUUGAUGAAAAUGCAAAUGCUAAGCAUACUGAACAGAGGAGUAAUGAUGAAGAGGGUGUUUAUGUACCAGAGAUUGUGGACAUUGAAUUAAUAGACCCUCCAAUCGAGUGUAGAGAAAGUAAGCCUUCUGGAGGAAAAGUUUUCAUGAAAUAUUGUAAGUUAGGAUAUUAUGUUGCAUGUAAAAGUGAUGCAUCUUUAGAGGGAAAGCCAAAGGGUUUUCCACGUAAUAUAGCAUUCUUAAAGAAAAUUGCAUUUGAAAAAAUACCAUACGAAGGAUGGACUAUAGAUCGAAUAAAAAAACAUGUAACAAACAAUGGUAGAGAAAUAGUCAAUUUUAAAUCACAAAAACCUGAAGUUAAAAAGUCACAAGAUGAAUACUUGAGAAUUAUGAAAGAAGAUCCUUUUUGUAGACCAACAUUUCAAAAAAUCGUGCUCGACUUGAAUACUCUUAUUACAAUAGAAAAAACUAAAGUUGGUGAUUCGCCAUGGUUAAGGCCUCGUGAUGCAUCCGAGAUAAAACUUAAAAAAGAAUUUUCAACCAGUAACGCAGAUCAAAUUAAUCCAGAUUCAAAGUCUCCGCCAUCGUCAAUAAGAUCACCAAUUCUAUCAAAAAAGGUAAAAGGAAAAUUACCAGAAACAAAAAACCUUUCAAAAAUCGUUAAUAUACCUACAAUGCUAGAAGGUAUUUCUAAACAUAAAAAAGGUUGCAAAGAUGAAGCCUUAAAAAUCUUUAUUGAGCAUUUAACAACAUUCAUCACUCAACAUACUACCAACUAUAAAAACAAAUCUAUUUUGAAUAACGUUGAACCAACUGAAGAAGAUAUGGAUAAUAUAUCUGUUAAAUCACAAAAAUUUCACGAAUCAGGAAAUGGUUUGGUAGUGAAAUCAAAAUCUAAUAAAAAUCGUUCAAACCAAAAUAAAACAAUCACUCAAGAACACGAUAUUUCAAGCACUACUACACCUAUAAAUUAUACGGAUGAACAUCCCAGAACAAAAUCAAGGAUAAUUAAUUUAAACAAUGCAUCUUUAACAUCAUCUAAAAUAUCACCGUCACCAUUCAAAACUCACGCAUCUAAAGCAUCAAUAAUCACUUCAUCAUCAUCACCCAAAAAAGACACAUCAAAAAUAUCUUCAUCAUCACCGUCAUCAUCUAAUUUAACAUCUAGCACAUCUGAUAUUAACUCAAUAGAUCUCAUCCAAGAAGUUGAUUAUAAACCAAUUACGAUAUUUGAAAAAUCAAACUCUAGUAUUAUUAAUAAUAAUACUGAUAUUAAUUUAAAACAAUUUAUAACUUCUAGCACAACAACAAAAACUCAAACUAAUCGAGAAAAUAAACCAUUAAGCAAAUCUAAUACAAGAUCAAGAAAGGUUCAAGCAAAAAAAUCUGAAAUCUUUAAUGAACCUGGAUAUGAUAAUGAUUUAAAUAACAAUACUUCUGAUUCAUCAACUACUCUUGACAGUAUGGAUGUUGACAAUUCAAGUGACACUACCGCAGAUUCUGUAUCAGAUUCUGAUAGUGAGUCUGAUAGUCAAAAUGAAUUAUUAAACAAUGAAAAAGUAGCAAUUGAGUAUAUGGUAGAAUUACGUCAGCGUACCAGGCGUGUUAUUGCUGAAUAUGAUAAACACACUAAACUAAAACCUAAAAAUAAAAGAGGUAAUCGUAAAUCUAUACGUAAGCCUGAAGUCGAAGGUAAAUCUGAAAAGAGAAAACCAUCACGUAAAUCAAGAGCUGCUGUUUCUAUGGAAGUUGAGGAAGAAGAUGAGGGACGAAAGCAUGUUACAUCCGAGUUGAAAAUUCAAAAAAAAGAAGCUCACGAUUUAGAAGAAAGACGUAGAAUUUGGAAAGAUAUAGCUCGAAAUGCAAUUCCAAAAGUUCACAAAAUUGUUCAACAAUCUAUCAAUUCAAAACUUAGUAAUUCAAGAAAAGUCUCAAACUGUAUAAGAAAAGAAGCAAUAAAAGGUGUUCAAAAGGCCUCAAAAUCUCAUAAAGACAUCCAGGCUAAAUGCAAACAAGCUACGAGACAGGCAUUGAGUUAUUGGAAGAAGCAUGAAAAAAAUGAACGUGAGGAUCGCAAAAAAGCCGAAAAGGAAGCAAUGGAGAUUUUGCGUGCUGAAGAGGAAUUGCGUGAAGCUAGAAGGCAAGCACGUAAACUUAACUUCCUUAUAACUCAAACUGAAUUGUAUAGCCAUUUUGUCGGUAAAAAGAUUGGAACUCAUUCAGCAGAUGAAACAACUGACACUACAACAGCUUCUGCAUCAGAAUCAUUUUCAAAUGUCAUCUCUACAGAUAAUCUAACAAUUGGUGAUAUUGAUAUGGACACUAUUAAUAAUGAACCAUUCGAAUCAUUCAAAGAUAUUAAUUUUGAUCAAGAAGAUGAAUCUUCGUUGAAAAAGAAGGCUUUUCUAAGUGCUCAAAAUGCUCUUGCUCAAGUUAGACAACAUACACAAAAUUUUGAUAAUAAUAGAAUAGCAAACAAAUCUACUGCUGAUAUGACUGUAUCAAAUGCAGAUCCAGAAUCCCAGAACAUAUGGGGUCCAUUCUUAGUGAUUGCUCCUUCAUCAACUCUACACAACUGGCAACAAGAAAUUGCUAGGUUUGUUCCUAGCUUUAAGAUACUACCAUACUGGGGAAAUCCUAGCACUCGUAAAGUGUUAAGAAAAACAUUAAAUAAGAAAAAUAUCAUGUUUAACAAAGAUGCGCCUUUCCAUGUUGUCAUCACUAGUUAUCAAUUAGUAGUGCAGGACAAAUCUUAUUUUGAGAGAACGAAAUGGCAAUACAUGAUUUUAGAUGAGGCACAGGCUAUCAAAAGUAGCACAAGUGCUCGUUGGAAAGCACUCCUUGGUUUCCAAUGUCGAAAUCGUCUUUUAUUAACUGGUACUCCAAUACAAAACAGUAUGCAAGAAUUAUGGGCUUUGUUACAUUUCAUAAUGCCAACUCUUUUUGAUUCCCAUCAAGAAUUUAGUGAAUGGUUCUCUAAGGAUAUUGAAAGUCAUGCUGAAAACAAAGGAUCAUUAAAUGAAUUCCAACUUAAAAGAUUACACAUGAUUCUAAAACCAUUCAUGUUACGUCGUGUUAAGAAAACUGUCCAGAAUGAACUUGGUGAAAAGAUUGAGAAAGAGGUCUUUUGUACUUUAACCGCUAGACAAAGAAUGUUAUAUCGUGGUCUUAGAGAAAAAAUAUCUGUAUCUGAACUAUUGGAACGUGCAGCUACACUGUCUGAAAAUGAUUCUAGUGUUGAUAGCUUAAUGAACUUGGUCAUGCAAUUCAGAAAAGUUUGUAAUCAUCCUGAAUUAUUUGAACGAGCAGAUGUCACAUCUCCAUAUUCCUUUUGUGCUUAUAGCAACACUUGGAUGAUAUCUCGAGAAGGUGACAAGUUAUACCUGCCUUACUCAACAAAAAAUUUAAUAUCAUAUCAUCUUCCAAAGUUGGUUUAUCGGGACGGUGGAAUAUUAGAAGUACCUCGUGAAAAUUCAAAUGCUGGAUCUCGUAAAUUUGUUCUAGACCACUUGAUGAAUAUCUGGUCUCCUGAUUAUAUCCAUAAAUCGAUUAAUGAUUACGAAAAUGAUACAUUUGGAUUUUUAAGAUUUAUUGAUACAAGCCCAUCAGAAGCAUCUUCUAUAUUCCGUAGUAAUAUUGUUCAAAAAUGGUUAAUGCACCUUUUAAAUUAUAAAUCUAGAGGAGUGCAUAUAACAGAUGAAAAUCCUGAAAGUUAUCCAAUUGCUGCGAUUAAUAAUCGCGCAAAAUUUUUGAUUUCUGAAACGUCUUUUGCCCUUUCGUUGACAAAUGUUGAGAACUCUGAUAUUUUAACUGGAUUAACAACUAUAUUUGAACAUACUACAAAAUAUGAAAUUCAAAUGCAAAAUCCAUGCUACAUGCCAAAAGUUAUUGCUCCUCCUAUCCGAAUAGUAUGCCAUGAUAAAUGUUUUCAUAACGACCAAAACAGUAUUCUUUUUGAACCAGAAAUCAGAUCCUCGUUUACUGGCACAAUAGAAUUGUUGCCUAAAAAAGAAAGAAAAAGUAAUAUUGUUGGGAAAUAUUUAGAACAAUCAGGUGGUAAAGCUAUGAAAAAACUUAUUAUGGAUUCUGGGAAAUUAGCAACACUUGACAAACUUUUAGAAGAAUUGAAAGCUGGUGGACAUCGUGUAUUAAUCUAUUUUCAGAUGACUCGCAUGAUUGACUUGAUGGAAGAAUACCUGGCAUAUCGUCAAUACAAGUAUUUAAGACUUGAUGGUUCUUCCAAAAUAUCUGAUCGUCGUGAUAUGGUUGAAGAUUGGCAGUCAAGUACUCGAGCGGGUGGACUAGGUAUUAAUUUGACUGCUGCUGACACUGUAAUUUUCUACGAUAGUGAUUGGAAUCCUACAGUUGAUCAACAGGCUAUGGAUCGUGCACAUCGACUCGGUCAAACAAAACAAGUCACAGUAUAUAGACUUAUUACUAAAGGCACAAUCGAAGAAAGAAUAUUACAGCGUGCAAAACAAAAAGAUGAGAUCCAACGGGUAGUAAUUUCUGGUGGUGAGUUUAAACAAGUUGAUUUUAAACCACGAGAAAUUGUGUCUUUGUUACUUGAUGAUGAUGAACUCGACACCAAGUUUCGAGAACAACAAUUGAAGAGAAGGGCUGAAGAUACCACUGCUACCAAAAAGGGACGUUUGGUCAAACGCCGUAAAAAGGAAGCAGUGGGUGGCGGUGAAUCAAAUGAGGCCAUAGAUGAUGAAAAAUUACAUUAUGGUUAUGAAUUAUGA